GCUGGAUAAUUGAAAUCGUCCGUGACAUGCGCAGUAAAGCAGAGCAGCUUUGUUAGGGGUUUGAACCCCCCUCUCCCCAGAGAGGCCUUUACUUUCGUCAACAGGUUUCUGUUUCCUCGUUGAGUUUCAGCACGUGGCUGGCGGCUCUUUGCUCCGUCUGAAGGGAAAACCCAACUUCCGCGUGCGGAGCGAACAGUCGGGGCUGAGCCGCGCGAGCGAGCUGAGGAGGAACACACCUGAGCCGCAGGUGGACACGAGCUCGGAUACUCCACCCGAACCGGGACCCGCAGAGAUGAGCUCCGGGUGGACAAAUGCUCCUCACUGCCUUCUGAAAGUUUGAGUCUCAGGUGAAACUUGGACGAUGCUGCAUGGCGGCGACCCCCACCCGCCCCCAGAGGCCCAACUGGACUUCUUCCACAAGCUGGGGUACUCCACGGCUCAGGUGCACGCCGUCCAGCAGAAGUUUGGCACCGACACCGACAGGGACAAGGUCCUGGGGGAGCUGGUCCGGAGCCGAGCCGAACGGCAGCAGAGGCCCGUGACCACCCUGAGCGCGCUGGUGCCCAGAGGGGACGCGCUGAAGGUGGGGCCCGCCCUGCAGCUGCCGGUCCCCGAUUGUUCCACGGAGAGCAGGGAGCAGGGCAGCCAGGACGCCCUGAGGGCGGUGGUCAUUGACGGGAGCAAUGUGGCCAUGAGCCACGGGAACAAAGAAGUUUUCUCCUGCCUGGGAAUCCAGCUGGCGGUGAACUUCUUCCUGGAAAGAGGCCACAGGGACGUGACUGUGUUUGUGCCAUCCUGGAGGAAAGAGCAGCCCAGACCGGACGUCCCCAUCACAGAUCAGCACAUCCUGCGAGACCUGGAGAGGAAGAAGAUCCUGGUGUUCACUCCCUCCCGCCGCGUCGGAGGAAAGCGCGUCGUCUGCAACGACGACUGCUUCAUUGUCAAGCAUGCCUUCGAGUCCGACGGCAUCAUGGUCUCCAACGACAUGUACCGGGACCUGCAGGCUGAGAAGCCCGAGUGGAAGCGCUUCAUCGAGGAGAGGCUGCUCAUGUAUUCCUUCGUCAACAACAAGUUUAUGCCUCCUGAUGAUCCUCUGGGCCGCCACGGACCAAACCUGGAGAACUUUCUGCGCAAGUUUCCGAAAACAAGGAAAAAGCAGCCGUGUCCCUAUGGGAAGAAAUGCACCUAUGGGGUUAAGUGUAAAUUCCAGCAUCCUGAGCGGGCUAAACAGUCCAACCGCACCGUGGCCGAUGAGCUGCGGGACUCUGCCAAGCCCUCGUCCUCCUCCCAGAACCCGGGACACUACGGAUCCGCCCCAGGACUCAGUUCCACUUUGGAGGAGGACAUGGCUUUGAAACUGAGUCUGGGAAAUGAGAACAGUUCUGUAAAGAAAAGCAGCCAACCAAAGGGGAGCCAUCGCUCGGGCAGGAAGUCCUCAUCCAGGAAGGAGAAGUUGGGCCAACAGUCUGAGAGGACUUCCACGCCGCACGGCGCCUCUCAGGACCAGCUGGACUCUGGUUUGGGCUCCAUAGACAGUCAGACGGCUGAGGCAAUGUGGAGCGAUCAGUUCUCUCAUAGGAGCGGUCCGUGCAGUGGCGCCGUGCCCCACCAGUACUUCCCUCCCAAAGUGCUUCCUUCCAGCUGCUGUUUAAACGGUCUCUCCGUUCACAGUCCGUCUCUCCAGCCUCACAGCAUCAGCAGCCACGCCCUGGACGCCGCCCCCUACAGCGCCCCCCACGGCGCUCCCCACUGCCCCAGCAGCUGCAUGUACCAGCUCAGCAGGGCAGCAUACAGUCAACCAGCCGACUUCCAGCACCAACGAGUCCAUCCUCACCAGCACCCCCACUGGUUGGACCCGAUCUCCGCCCGCAGUCAGCGGGAGGAGCGUCGUUUUCCUCCACCGGAACCAAACAAGGGGGAGAGGGACGUUGUGAGGAAGAAGCUGCUCGCCAUCUUCAGCGCUCAGCUGGUGGACGCUGCUAUGGAGGCGUUCCCUCAGCUGCUGGACCCGCAGCUACUGGUGGCAGAGAUACUCCGGCUGCAGAGUCAGGGCCACUCGCUCCGAUGAGCUCGCUCCAGCCCGAACCCGUCUCUCAGUGUUGAGACCGAAGACCAGCACGAGUUUGUGUAUCGUGGUAUCCACCAUGCCGACAUUCGCCUGGCAGUUGAUGCAAAUUGUGUCUUUAUUUAAAAUACGAGAUGAACGUCAAUCUCACUGUGGUGCAGUCUGGCUCUUACUGCAGAAGCUACGUUCACACCGGGCAUGUGAUGUGCGUUCAAGAACAUUUGGCAUACGGUGUUCGAGGCUUAGUCCGAAAUGUUUAAGCAGUGCACGUAUCGUGAACCAGGACUUUCCUGUCACAGCUGUAUUCCGAUAAAUGAAAGAUUCGGUGUCAUAAAAUUCCGACCGAUUGUUCAUUUCUCCUCCACGAUUACGUUUUAAAAGGUUGGUACUUCCCCCAUCCACAAGUCACUACCAGUCCGAGUCCCUGGUUCGUCAAAGUUCAACUGGUUUAACUUGUAACUCGUGUUCAACGGCUGCGCAUAGAGCCCGAAAACUGACUUAAAAACUGGCUUAGUGAUGCAUGAACGCAAGUUUCUAAACCCGGUGUGAACAUAGCAGUAUAGACCAAGACUGUGUUCUACUUCCUGUAAAUCAUGAUAGUGUUUUAACCAGAAACGGCGUACAGCUGAUACCAUUUGUCAGAGUUAGACUGACAAAAGUUUCUGUCCAUACAGCAGAUUGUUACUUUAUUUUAGGGCAAAAGUUAAUUAGAAUCCUUUGAACCAUUAGACUUUUUUAUUACAUUGAUCCUCUUUUACAUUCCCAAUCUUGGACCACAGUUCCGACCCUGAACUCAUUGAAGUCUCAUCAUGCAGCCACUAUACCGACGUGGUUUAAUUAUUGUACUUAAGAAAGUGAAAACUGUUGUAUGUGGAUGAGUAUUAAUGUACAACUGUCUGUGUCAUAUUGGCGCUCUUUGUGUCUUUUAAUGUUAGGAACCUUACAGAGCUGUAUGUGUUUAGCACAUAUCACCCUAUGGGGUUUUGUGAGUGUUGAGAUGUAAGUAUAUACCUGUACGUCGUGGAAGACCGAGUUUGUGUUCAAAUAAAGUUGGCAAACAACAACUGAUAUUCCUGUGA